AAUAUUAAUCACACCCAACUGUCGCUCACUGCUACCAUUUUUGCAACAGCUCGACGAAGCUGCCCGGAGAGGCGGUGCUACUGGUGCGUGCGUGUGCCCUAUCUAUCUAGCCUCCCAAUUUCCAUCUAAUUUACACAGGCACCCUCUGUGCUCUCUCUCUCUGCUCUCUAUAAAUACCAAAAUACAAAAUCCAUUCUUGAAUGUCGGUAUCGCAGACUCUCACACUGCGUUUUUCUUCUUCGAGAGGCUUCUUCUUCUUGCCCUUCCUUAUCUUCCCUCGCAUCAACCACGCUCGUCCUCUCGGAUUCCUCACCUCAACCUCUCAUCAUUCAACUAUGUCGCUGAACCAGAGAAAGGUUGGGUAUACGGAACAAAGAUGGAAAGAGAAGCCAAAUUCCUCCCAGAUGUCUCCAGGCAGGGAGAGUGUGUCAAAAGCAGCUGCUGAUGUUGUGACUAACAGACUUGGUGCAAUGAGUAUUGCUGGAAACAGUGGGCAAAUCCGUGUUGGAUUGGGAAACCAUGUGACUGUGGAAGGUCGGCGAGCUGUCUGGAAGCCCAAGUCAUAUGGAACAGUGAGUGGAGACACAAUGGUAGAAGUUGAAAAAACACCUGCCGAUCAAACGGCUGCAGCUGAAAAAAACAGUGCCGUUCUGAGCAAGUUGUUUAAGGGUAAUCUAUUGGAGACCUUCACUGUGGAUAACUCCACUUACUCCCUUGCCCAAAUAAGAGCCACCUUCUAUCCCAAAUUUGAAAAUGAAAAGUCCGACCAAGAGGUUAGGACAAGGAUGAUAGAGAUGGUGUCCAAAGGUCUAGCUACCUUGGAGGUAUCACUUAAACAUUCAGGAUCUCUUUUUAUGUAUGCUGGUCAUGAGGGUGGAGCAUAUGCCAAAAAUAGCUACGGGAAUAUAUACACUGCUGUUGGUGUUUUUGUGCUUGGAAGGAUGUUUCGUGAAGGAUGGGGAACUGAAGCUAGCAAAAAGCAAGCGGAGUUCAAUGACUUUCUUGAGAGCAACCGUAUGUGCAUAUCAAUGGAACUGGUAACUGCUGUUUUGGGAGACCAUGGACAACGUCCUCGAGAUGACUAUGUGGUUGUGACGGCAGUCACAGAAUUGGGCAAUGGAAAACCAAAGUUCUACUCAACUCCUGAUAUAAUUGCCUUUUGUAGGAAAUGGCGCCUACCGACAAAUCAUGUGUGGUUGUUCUCAACAAGGAAAUCGGUGACAUCAUUUUUUGCUUCCUAUGAUGCACUCUGUGAGGAAGGAACAGCAACAACUGUAUGUAAGGCUCUUGAUGAAGUUGCCGAUAUAUCCGUACCAGGAUCAAAAGACCAUAUAAAGGUGCAGGGUGAAAUCUUGGAGGGUCUUGUGGCUCGUAUGGUAAGCCACGAGAGCUCGAAACAUAUGGAGCAGGUUUCAAGAGAUUUCCCCCCACAAUCUGUAGAGGGAGUUGACCUAGAUCUCGGACUGAGCCUGCGGGAAAUAUGUGCUGUAAAUAGGUCAGAUGAAAAGCAGCAAAUAAAAGCUCUUCUUGAGAGUGUUGGGACUUCUUUCUGCCCUGAUUAUUUAGACUGGUUUGGGAAUGGUGCAACUGAUUCACAUUCCAGAAAUGCUGAUCAAUCUGUUCUUUCAAAAUUUUUACAAGCACAUCCUGCUGAUUUUUCUACCACUAAAUUGCAGGAAAUGAUUCGUUUGAUGAGAGAGAGGCGUUUUCCUGCUGCUUUUAAGUGUUAUCAUAACUUUCACAAAAUUGGUUCUGUAUAUAGUGACAACCUGUUCUUCAAAAUGGUCAUCCAUGUCCACAGCGAUUCAGCAUUUCGACGAUAUCAGAAAGAGAUGAGGAACAAACCAGGAUUGUGGCCUCUAUAUCGAGGAUUUUUUGUUGACAUAAAUUUAUUCAAGGAAAACAGGGAGAAAGCUGCUCAAACUGCAAAAAACACCAAUGAUUUGCUUAAAAAUGUCAACAGUAGCAAUGGAACAUUAGCAAAAGAUGAUUUAGCAGAUGAAGAUGCAAAUUUGAUGAUCAAACUGAAAUUUCUUACAUAUAAGUUGCGAACGUUUUUGAUCCGUAAUGGCUUGUCAAUUCUUUUCAAGCAGGGUCCAUCAGCUUACAAGACUUACUACCUGAGGCAAAUGAAAAUAUGGAACACUUCCCCAGGAAAGCAGAAGCAACUCAGCAAGAUGCUAGAUGAAUGGGCGGUAUACAUACGAAGGAAGUGUGGGAACAAACAGCUAUCAUCAUCCACGUACCUCAGUGAAGCUGAGCCUUUUCUUGAACAGUAUGCAAAACGUAGUCCAGAGAAUCAGGCUCUGAUAGGGUCUGCUGGGAGCUUAGUGAGAGCUGAAGAUUUCAUGGCCAUUGUUGAGGGAGGCAGGGAUGAAGAGGGAGACCUUGAGACAGAGAGGGAGGUAGCACCAUCAAGCCCCAGUGCCUCUGACAAGGAUACCGUUGCAAAAAAUGAGGGUCUGAUAGUAUUCUUUCCAGGAAUACCAGGUUGCGCUAAAUCUGCACUUUGUAAAGAAAUUUUAAAUGCCCCAGGAGGACUUGGAGAUGAUCGUCCAGUCCAUAGUUUGAUGGGUGAUCUUAUUAAAGGUAAAUAUUGGGACAAGGUUGAUGAACAAUGGAAGAGAAAGCCUAAUUCCAUUAUGCUUGCUGACAAGAAUGCACCUAAUGAAGAAGUUUGGUUACGGAUUGAGGAAAUGUGCAGAAGAAUGAGAGCAUCUGCGGUUCCUGUUGUGUCUGAUUCUGAAGGAACUGAAACAAAUCCAUUUUCUCUUGAUGCAUUAGCCGUUUUCAUAUAUCGUGUGCUUCACCGAGUUAACCAUCCGGGAAAUCUCGAUAAGAACUCGCAGAAUGCUGGCUAUGUUCUGCUAAUGUUUUAUAAUCUCUAUGACGGAAAGAGCCGCAAGGAGUUUGAGAGUGAGCUAAUUGAACGUUUUGGUUCACUUGUGAAGAUGCCUCUACUGAAGCCUGAUAGGGAUCCUCUGCCUGAUUCUGUGAAGUCUAUUCUGGAGGAGGGAUCAAAUCUAUACCAGCUUCACCGAAGAAGGCAUGGCAGAGCGGAGCCCACAAAAGGAUCAUAUGCGAAGGACUGGGCUAAAUGGGAGAAGCAAUUGAGAGAGGUUCUAUUUUCCAAUGCCGAUUAUCUUAAUUCUAUUCAGGUUCCAUUUGAAUUCGCAGUUGAAAAAGUGUUAGAACAACUGAGAACUAUUGCGAAGGGUGAUUAUUCAACACCAAGCACUGAGAAGAGGAACUUUGGAAACAUUGUUUAUGCCGCUGUAAGUCUACCUGUUGGUGAAAUCCAAAGUCUCCUUGAUAAUUUGGCUGAGAAGAAUCCCAAGGUUGAGGCUCUCCUUCAAGACAAGAAUUUGGAGGGCAGCCUUAAGAAAGCCCAUGUGACGCUUGCUCACAAACGAAGUCAUGGUGUCACAGCUGUAGCCAAUUAUGGUGUGUUCCUCGAUCAAAACGUCCCGGUGAAUAUCACUGCUCUACUCUUCUCUGAUAAAAUGGCUGCAUUAGAAGCCUCCCUUGGCUCCGUUGACGGCGAGAAGAUUAGUUCAAAAAACCAGUGGCCUCAUGUGACCUUAUGGACUGGCGAAGGCGUUGCAGCCAAAGAAGCAAACUCAUUACCGCAACUGCAUUCAGUGGGAACGGCUAUUCGCAUUGAUAUCGACCCACCCAUCACCAUAACCGGCGUAUUACAAUUUUACUGAGCUUCGAAUGCAUUCAGUUUGGAUCGAAAACACUUUUAUCGGGACACAUUUUCUAGGUAAUAUGUGGAGAGAGAACAUGGAACGAAAUUUUUUUGUAGGAUCCUAGUUUUUGCUUGAGUAUGUACAUUGAGGCCAUGGAAAUAAAGCAGAGGAAAUAGAAGAAAAUUUGUGUA